AUGACGCUCUCACCAAAAAGGGCCAGCGGGGCCUUCCUGCCUUCCCUUUCUCCCCUUGCUCAUGCGUCGGACGCGGGCAGUCUACCUCGUGUGGAUGCCUCCAACACCGCUCAACUCCCCCGCUCUAGCCGUGAGCAUGCGUUGUAUUCUUUGCUUUGCUGCAGGGCGUGCCGUGUGCAGCCCGCGUCAGGCCACCCGGGUGCCUCUCAGCCAACGCCGUUUGGGUUGAACCGUUAUAUCUUACUGCUGAUCUAUGUGUUCAUCACGCUCAGCACUUCCUGCGUGUACUUCGGGUGGGGGCCGCUCAGCCAUAUGUUGAUUGAGUCGGGGGCCUCCCUAUGGAUGUGCAGCACAGAGGAGCAGCUCGAGUUCGUGGUGUCUCCUACUCCCGCCUGCCUAGCUCAAGACACGAGCGUGCAGAGCCUCUUCACGAUUUGUUAUGCGGCUCACUUCGUAGUUAGUGGGGCUGCCGGUGUCCUCAUAGACACGGCUGGCCCCAAGGUGACUGCCGUAUUAGGGCAGAUCCUCAAUAUUUGCGGCUGGGUUUUCUUGGGCUUCUCCAACGAAGCUUUUCGAGCAACUAUUCCCUCCUUCAUAUUCAUUGGGGCCGGUGCAGAUAUGUGCUUUCUUCCCAUGCUCUGCAUUGUGAACCUUUUCCCUGGAAGUUCGGGAUUUGUGUUCACGGCACUUGGCGCUGCCUCGUCGCUCAGUUUUGCUGUGCCUUCUAUGUUAAGGGCCGUCCAACUCACGGGUUUGAACUUCAGGUGGGUGUGCUGGGGCUAUGCGGUGCUCGGUCCUGCCUUCUCUCUCCUUCUGGUUUGUCUAUUUGUUCCUUUGGACGACUUCAUCCACGAAGACAUGUUCGUGCUCGUCAAAAGUGCGGAGCACGGGGUGCUGAAUCCUAAAGACCGGCUCGUGGGGCACAGGCCGCAUAGGGGCAGCAUCCUCUCGAGGGAACGGGGGGAGGAGGCAGAAAAGGAGGUCGAAGGUGACAAAAAGAAAGAGCGAGGGAGGGAACGAUACGGCGGCAAGGAGCGCCAUACACACAACAGGGGCGCUUCGUCACCCAACAGUCUUUCAUCCUCUGUGGUAACGCUUUCACAGAGCGACAGCGGACAUUUAAGCAGUGUAACUGACGAAGCUUUUUUUCAGUCCUUUAGAAUGGAAGCCUGCAGCUUCCUCUAUUUCGGUAUUUGCAUCUACUUUGUUAUCUGCAGUGUGGCCAUGAACUACUAUCAGCAGGCCGCUGCCCUUUUCCUCUUGAACGAGGCUUACGAGGCUCUAGAGUUCGCGAUUCCGCUGUCUACCCUUCCUUGCAUCAUCCUCGGAAGGCUGACGGACUUCGUGCCAGUUAUAUAUGUAAUGAUGGUGACGAAUACGGCGGGAGCUCUGAGCUUCGGCUUGGCGAUACCUGAGGGCCUGAAAAAAGACUUUUUCUCGGUAUGUUGCUUUUCAGUGUACAUCUCAAUUUUCUCAUCUCAAGUGUACAUAUUCGUCAAGAAACAUUUCACAUCACUCAAUUUCGGCCGUCUCAUCGGUGUUGCGAGCAUGCUGGGAGGCCUAGUCUCUCUCGUUAGCAACCCUCUCUAUCAGCAAGUAACGAUGGAGCAUGACCAGGGCGACCCAGACCCCAUAAUGUGGGGCAUAUUCUACACAAUAUGCGGGGCCUAUUUCCUCCUGAUCUUCAUGGCGAUAGUAUCAAGCAGGAAAAAGAGGCUUGAAACAGCCGCCAUGGUCCUGGAAAAGACACAGACCGCACAUACUAACAGCGGUCGCCCCAAAAGGAUAAUAGAGGCAUCCGCUUCACCCCAACGUGCCUUGGACAGCGACAAACAGAACGAGAAACAUCGAGGAGCGCCCUUGGUAGAAAUUGAAGGUCUAUAA